CCGACCGCGGCCAGGCGUCAAAACUUCUCAACCUUUCUCCGGCACGUUCGCGUUGCCGCCGCCGUCACCGCGUUCCAAUAGCAACACCUCGCCGUUCUCACGUCGUUUUUGUCGAUUUUCCUGCCGGUGGUCCGCCGUUCCCGUCGCUCCUUCGCCGCCGCACUGUGCCGUACACUAUAAACGCCGUUCAACGUACCGCCCGAAACGCACUCGACGGCCGUCAAAAUGGUCGGCACUAAGCACUUGGUGAGUAGUACAAUGACGUUAUUACAAUAGGGGCGACGUCGAGGACGGGACGCGGGCCGUCCCCGAGCGCCGACCGACCGGUACGGGGACGUCUUGACCGGGGGCCGCGUACGAACCGCGUGCCGGUUAUGAUUUCGGGUUGUUUCGCGUGCGUGUCAAAACCGCCCGGAAGUAACGCGUGGCGAGCGGUAAAACCCGCCGACGCCGGACCGUGAACUCGACGCAAUUGGUAAAUCCAUAGCGCGAGCGCGACGACGGAGACAUAACCGCACGGCGUUUACGGACGUUUCCGAUACCGCGGGAGGCCGGGUCGCGAUUCGGACGCGCUGAUAAAAAAAAAAAAAACAGCCCGCAAUCCACGUUGCACUUUUUUUUUUCCGAAACGUUUUUCACUCGUGACGCGACGCGCAGCGUUCGGUAAAAGUAGCGACGUAGAGAAUUGGUUUUCGAAAAAAAAAAACCCAGCAAUUACCCGCGUUUAAAACCUCGUUGUCCGAACGCGCGGUAAUUCCGAAACUCAGAAAACCGCAUUGGUUCGCGUCGGGUAUAAAUCGUUCGCGUUCUCGUCCGAACGUCUCUUUCGCCGCGAUUUAUACGACGUUAAUAGCCAACGGAUUUCGGUGUCCACAGGUAUUCUUGGCCGUCGUCCUGUACGCGCGUGUUUCCAGCGCGUUCCCGGGCAUUUACGAGGAAGUGGACGAACAGUUCGAAGGACACCAUCACGGACACCACCUGCCGCCGGCCACUUCGUACGCGACCAUAUCGACGACGCACGUCAAAGUCCAACACCCGCAAGCUGCCGCUGCGCCCCCGAAAUACGCGACACCGUACAAAGUAAAUAAGUUUUUUUUUUUUUUUUUAUUUUUUUCUGUGAAAUCCGCGCGCGUUAAACGGUUUCCACAGUUCCGCCGUUUUUCCCUGUCCGUAACGAGUCCGUUCAGUCACUUUCCUCCAGGACCACUUUCCCGCACCCUGCAACAUUAUGGUCUUGCUCUUCCCGGUAUCCCCUCAAUUCGCCAGUCCGGUUGUCCGUGUAUCGACCAUUCCGUAUUACUCUUUUUUUUUUUUCCCCCGCGAUUGUUUUCGAUGCGUCGAUACGUGACUGCAAAGCUCAACAUGGCACGUAAUGGCCAAGGGUACCUACUUCGAUCAUUAUUUUAUUUCGAACGCUCCACGCAGGGUUGUCCUUAUUCAAGGAAUAGAUUAUUCGUUAAUAUUUGUCUAUAGUAUAGACAAAUAUUUUAUAUUAUCGCCGUAUUUUAAAAAAAUUUCCAAAAUGGGUCGUACAAUAAAAAGUUUGGGAAAACGCCAAUUCGCUUUCUUCAAUAUCAGCAAUACCGUUGAAAAAUAGAAACAUUAAUUAUAUUUCCAUUAAGGGAAUUUACAUAGCACAUACGACGUAAGAGAAACGGAAAGAAUGAAUUGAAUUCGAUUCUUUUCCGGUUCUGCGUACAUUUUUUUUUUUUAGACACCUGUCACCUGUUGAAGACGAUUAAACGGGGUCAGCGACAAUGGUGGCGUCGAGUCCACUUGCGUUUCUCCCGCAGUUUUUUAACGUUUGCACAUCCGUCGUUCGUCUUAUGAUCGACGUGCACAUUAUUUGACACCCUUUCCGUCCGGAAGAUUUUCAGCUGUGAGUUCAGUGUCGACGAAUCGUAGUUUCCUCCCUCCCGCCCUAUGAAGUGAUUUUUCAGUAAACUUUCGAAACACCUCAACAAUACGAAGAAUCGGCAGCAGCUGUAACCGAGGUUGCUCUUCGACGUUCUUAACGCGAAUCAGCCGCUUCGUAGGAUACCCCUGCACGCCGCUGCUGACGACGAAUUUCGGUGCGGCGAACAUUAGGAAGUGUUCGUAGCAGCAGCACCGGAUGCGUCCGCGAAGUGCCUUUCUCCGGCACGGUGUGUUACGUAAGUCCGGGCGCGGGGAAGUCGAGUCCGUUAAACCCGGUGUCACCUCGUUACGCGUUAACCGUUUGUUUUAUUUGUUGUUGUUUUUUUUUCUCACUUUCCAUAAGCUUUAGACACCAACGGCAUAUACAGAAGCAGUUACACAAGUGGCACCCAUAAAACGUUAAUUUUUUUAUAAUAUUAUUUCGUCUAUAGUCGCCGACGACGCGAAGUUUUCAAACCGAACUGUUCCCACUCUGCAGCACGCCUUAACGCAGCACACCUCUCUAUACGUAAACCGGUUACGCGGUCGACGGUUAUAUAAAAGAAAAAAAGAAAAAAAACACUGAUAACAUAAUAAUACAGGUACGACCCCUUUUCGAUUCAUACAUAAUAUCGAAUCGUAGACGCAUUACGUUAUACAGAGCGAUCAAUAUAACACGACAGACACUCGUGUACUCGAAAAGUAUAACAUUUUUUUUUUUCGGAAAAUUUCAGAAACAAGCAGCUCUGGUAGCAUUACGUUCAAAUUAUUUCUUGCGAUUCCCGUGUUCGAGGAUCAAACCGAAUACCGCAUUUCGAUUUUCAAACGGUUCCCAAAUAAUGCAGUUUUAGUUUAAAAACACAUUUUUACGUUGAACGAUCAAUGUCCGUCUUCCAGGGUCCUUGCCGACAGAUAUUCCGCUUUUGAGUUUGUUGUCAGGUACGUAUUACGGAGCACGUGCAAAUGAAAAUGUACAAGUCUACUCAACUCGUACAGGAACGAAACGGUUCGAUUAGUUAACUAAAACACGUUUUCCCACUCGCCGCGCUAAUUGUAUUCAUGACGAAAUCGCGGAUAAAAUUAUCAUUCAUGUCGGUGUGUUAUUGUUAUGAUUACUGUACAGCAAUGAAGUCACGAAAAAACGUCGCCGUGAACUCGCGAGGCGCCCGUUUUUUGACGGACCGCUUUUUCGGUCGAGUAUCCAUAAUAAUUCCUUUAUUUAUGAUCGGUGUAGAGAAUAGAGAAGUGGAGUACCAACGGUGCAUCCUCUAUUCAGCCCUUUCGACGCGAAACGACAAACCACAAAAUUGGCAUAUCUCAUAAUUAUGUGUUAUUAAAAAAAAAAAAAAAAAAUUAUUUUUAUAAUUUUUUUGUGUUUUCAUUGUUAUAUUAUUGUUUCGUUUUAUGAAAACGACUCGUAAUAAUAACAACAGUUAUGUUCGCGAUGAAAUUCCGUUCUCGGCGAAUGCUACAGCGGCUAAACAUCGUCCGCGUUUUCGACGACAUCCGACAUUGUUUUAAUUUCCGAGUUAACGAUCCUAUCCGUAAAAUCCCGAAAACUUUGAUUUUCCACGUUUGGGUUGUUUUUUCAACGACGCGCGCACGUUGGAAACGAUAAUGUAAUGUCUUUGAACGGUUUUUUUUAAAAUUUUUUGUUUGUUUUCGAUGCGCAGUACGAAUACCUGGCCCAGCCGCAGGUGGCGUACAAGUACAUAUCGUUGCCGUCGUCCGUCGCCCUGCAACAGGCCGCCGGCAAGUACGAGGAACCGUCCACGCCGGGCUACAAGUACCUGGCCGCGUCGCCCACGUACAAGUACGUGCAACCGCCCGCGGUCACCACCGAGCCGGAAGCGGCCGAGGAGCCGACCAACUCGCUCAAGUUCGCGCUCAAGUACGAACAGAACUCGUUCAAGCAACAGCAGCUGCAGGACGCCGCGGCCGCACAACAGGCCGCCGAGUACGAACAGCCGGCCAUCCAGUACAAGUACGUGGCCGUGCCGACGUACAAGUACGUGCAACAGGCGCCCGAGUACGACGACCGUCAACAGGUGUCGCACGCGGAAUACGCCGACGACAAACACCAGCUGUACCAAUAGGACGCGUGACGCCACGGCGACCGUAUCCACGAGCUACACGCGUGACGCGAUGGCGCCCGGGUCGAACCCGCCUGUCGCGGGAUAUACGCGUGUAAUAAUAUCUCGACUUUUCGUUUCGUUUACCGACGCUCUGUAUAAUACGAUUUAGAUUUAUUUUUGUAUUUUUCGUUUUUUUUUUUUUUUUCUAACUUUUAAACCCGUCGAUUGUACGACCCCCGCCGAGACGAGCAACCGCACAUCGCCUCUUGUAUAAACUUCACGUAGGCGCCGUCUCGGGCUGUAGCAUGACAUUUUAGUAUUACUUCAGUUGUUAUUAGUGUCCAAAUAAGUACGCGUUUUCGCACUGUUUUUACGCGCCGCGCGCGUCCGUGCGCGGCGAUUAUGAAACGCGUUUUUUUUUUUUUUAAAUUAAUUUUUUAUCACUGUAUUUCUAUUAUCGUAAGCGCGUGCGCGCAAUACAAUGGUAUUCGUCGACCGUCGCGAUGUCAUUGCACUGUCGCGCGCGUUUAAUUAUUAAAACGUCUAUGCCAUAAACAUUAUC